GUCGACCGUCGAUAUUCGUAUUCGUGGAACCGUGGAAGACAAGUUUGUUCGCGUCGGUAUUUAAUAUUUAGAACAGAAGGCAGAAAUUUUUAAUUAUUUUCAAGUGUUCAUAUCAAAAUAAGUAUGUCGGCAACCGUAACAAGUAAUGUAUCAUGGAGGAAGAGGAAGAGUGAAGCACCUACAGAUAUGCAGAUUGAAAUGAAAAAACCAAGGUACUAUUAUUACAGGCUCGCUAGUGAAAGUUCUAUAGGUUCAGAGGAGGAUACGGAGAGUGUUUAUAGUGUUCAGUUACAAGAAACUGAUGUUGCGAGAGAUACAACUGAUACUGAUUCCAAAUCCGAGGAUGAAGGUGAUGAUGAUGGCGACAUAAUUGAGUACGAAGUUGCCAGCCUAUCUGGAAGUGAAAAUGAUAUUAUACUUGAUUUGUCUACAAGUGGUUCAGAAGAUCAAGUUAUUUUCGCUGCUGCAGUUGGGGCUAUGUGCGAUUCUUCACUUGACCUUGACAAUUGGAUGACCGAUUGCGAAGAAUCCGAUAACAGUUCCUUGGCUGAUACAUCUAUAGUUAGGUUGGGAUUUGCUACUUGCAUUCAAUGCAAGUCUAUAAAUGACAAUCCUCUCUUCAGAUACUGCGAAAAAUGUUUCCAGGACCGGAAAAAAAUGUACCCUCCACGACCAAGGGGCAAUCGAAAGCAGAGAAAGAAAGCUACUGAACAGCCUGUGAAAUUAGAUACUUUACGCUUUUGCCUCAGUGGAUUAUCGUCUCAGGAUUCUGGUGUUGGGUCGAGUCAGGAGUGCCCGCCGCUGGAUUUGGGACAGAUCAUCGUGCCGGACAUACAUCUAAAACAAGGUACGUCCUUGUCUGAUGUAAAAGAUAUCUUAAAGAAGGAGAGCGCGCCAAAGGAGCAUGAACGAGAGUUGCGACGUAAGCGACAAGCAUCAGAAAGCAGUGUGUCCGAUUAUGAGAUUAAAAAACCUAAAUACACCCGUCCCAAAUCUCGCGGUUCGCGACCGUCAAGCAGAAACUCAGCUAAAAGUGGUACAUGUCAACCGAUAACGGAAAGUUCUAUUUCUUCGCAACAACAAACGUUUUCUUCACAAACCGAAAGUAAAUUGUCAUCGUUAAGUCAAACAUCGUACGAUGAUAUCUCGUUAAUUCAAGGCAAUAAGUUGUCAUCUUUAAGUCAAUCAUCACACGAUGGUUUAUCGCUAACAGACAAUAAGUUGUCAUCUUUAAGUCAAUCAUCGCACGAUGGUUUAUCGCUAACGGACAAUAAGUUGUCAUCUUUGAGUCAAUCAUCGCACGAUGGUUUAUCGCUAACGGACAAUAAAUUGUCAUUUUUAGACCAAUCAUCGCACGAUGACAUAUCGCUAAGUCAAGCAUCAACAAUUACAUGCUCAUCUUUAAGUCAAGCGUCAACUUUAUCCUCAUCAGAGAAAACCCUAUCGACUUCUGAAGAAAGCAGUAAAACUUCAGGUUACAGUUCUGAGUGUUUAACAAGGACUAAGUCUCUGGAAAGUAGUCAGAGUAAUUCUGAAAUUAUUUCACAGGUUAGUAAUGGUGUGGAAAGUUUGCAGUCUUCGUCUGAACUUUGUAUUAUGUGUAAUAUAGCUCCUAAAGACAGUAUCUUCUUACAUACAAACAUCGGUCAUCAAUGUUGUUGUUAUAAAUGUGCGAAACGUACUCUACACGCCAUCAAGAGAUGUCCAAUAUGCAAUAGAUCGGUUAACAAAAUAAUAAAGGUAUAUAAAGUUUAAAUUAAAUUUUAAUUUAUUAAUAUUUAACUUAGUGGUAAGACUAAAGGGCCAGCGGUUUACCCCUAAAAAGACGAUUGGAAACGGAAUAUAUCGACUAUUUUUUUAUUUCUACCGUACCAAACCUUUUUUCGAUUCUAUAUAUUGUUCAAAGUUCAAGUGUAUUUUUUUCUAAUUUUCCAAGAGGUCCGGAAAUUGUUAUGAACAAAUAACAUAACAAGAAAUCAAUUUCCCGAAUUGCCUUGAAUAAAUUGUUGUUAGGCGUACGUUAUCGAAAUAAAAAUUUUUCUCUCUUGGUAAUUUUUCGAAAAUGCUUCCUACUCGAGUUUUUGCAUUUUUUUGUUGAAAAAAAUGCCUUAACCCUUUCGUUUACGAAUUAAAUUUCUUUAAGCUAAAAAUCUGGCAACAUAGCGAGAAUGAUUUUUUGCAAAUUUUUGAUAUUAGUUUUACAUUUUCAAAAUGCAGUUUGGUUACUACAAGAUGUCCUCAUCUGAGGAAAAUUGGGAUUUUUAGAAAGUACACUGUAGCGAAUUUUAAGCAAAACCGCUAUUGACAAUAGUUUUUAACAAAUUCUACUAUUUAUCAACACCAUGCUACAGAUCCAAUACAAAUUGUUCAUAUAUAUUAUUUUAACGAACGAAAUUCAAUUGGCGCUGUAUACACCCGUCAUCAGUAACUACAGAAACCCAUGUCAGCAAAUUAAAUAUUUUGUUUAUAAGCCGUUAGAUGGCAGCACAAGUAAUCAUUGGACGGAAUAGGAUAUCCAUAAUCGGAGACAAUGUGUUAGAAAGGUAAAAACACAUUGAGCUACAUACAAAAAAUUAUAGAAUAGGUUGUCCUCAAUUAAGGACACGGUGAACGAAAGGGUUAAUUAGUGAUUUUUUGGAUUUCUUUUUCUAAAAAAAACUACUAAAUGAAUUGUAAUUCUCCUAAAAGCUUUAUAAUCUGAACCUUCAAGUACAAGUAAGAAUAUUUGACAAGAAUCAAUGGUUCAAUCUCGCCGAAAACAUGGACCCAUAUACUUCGGAUAGGUAUGCCUUUCGAGCAAUCUACUGUUGCCGUUUACCUAAGUGUGUACAGCGGUUGCAGUGAUCUAGGCGCGCUGUGUGUACAUCGUUGUUUAAAUUUAAAACUAUGUUUUUAGCAAGAUAGAAACCACUUAUUCUUGUCAAAAUAUUCUUGCUUUACUAGUACUUGAAGGUUUAGAGAUUAUAAAGCUUUUCGUAGAAUUGCAAUAAUUCAUUUAGUAGCAUUUUUUUAGCAAAAAAUUGCAAAUAACUGUAAUAGUAGAAAAGGAAGCAUUUUUUGAAAAAUUGUCAAAAGAGAAAAAGUAUUUAUUUCGAUGACAUACGCCUAAAAAAUUUAUUCAAAGCGAUUCGGGAAAUUGUUGUUUUUUUUUGUUACUUGUCAACAAAAAUUUCCGGCCCAUUUAAAUAAUUUUAAAAACUGCAUUUAAACUUAAAAAAACAUAAUCGAAUAAAAAAGGUUUGGUACGGUACAAAUGCAAAAAAAAAUAAUCGGCUUGUGUUCUGUUUAUGGGGGCAAACCUAUCGCCUAUGAUGUUUCAGUUUGUUAUUUUUAUGGGUGGGGUUGUUAAGGUUUUAGGAGAGUUGUUGAGAUGCCGCGUCGUCGCUAUAUUUAUUUGCAGAUAGGUAUCUAGAUGUCACGCUAUUGUAAAAAUGUUCAUAAAUAUGUUAAAAGUUAAUCCUUCAUUAGUGUAAGAAAACUAAAAUUUUAUUCACUGGCUAAUAUUAAAAAAAUGCAAAUACAGUUGUUCCGUUGAAUCUUUGCACGAACAUAAAAUUAUUCAUUUGCAAACAAGUUAAAUCAAAAUAUUAAGUGAUACGUACGUCGACAUAAUAUACUGUCAAUGUAAUUAUUAGGAAAUAGGUGUUAUAGGAAAUAUAACCGGUGAACGUAUUCUAUAAAGUGAAUUUAUUGAAGUAUUUGAUCUUCACUAUUGAGGAGAUUGAUGGAUUUAACAUUAAAAACUUGAACAUCAUACCGACUACUACUAAUAAAAAGAUAUAAAUAUAUAACGGUAAUAAAUAAAAAAUAUAUAACAGGUACUUGUCUUAUUAGCUUAAAAAUAAAUAAUUACCGAAAGUAAUCAAAUAAGAAAGCAACAGUUAGUCGUUCCAACAAUUAUGUUUGAAAAUAAAAAUGACAAUAAAGUGCACAUACAAAGAAUAGACGUUUAAAUUAUAUGAAAAACCAUUUGUGAACAACAAUGCAAUGCAAAGAUCCGCCGUAAUAACUGUAUAUAUCAUUUUAUGUAUUUAUAUGAUGAAAUAAGGUCGAAGAAUAAUGCAAAAUACCAAUCUUAUAAUAAAAUAGUUGAAGGGGAUAUCUAACAAAAAGUUAGUUCUGAGAUAAUUUGCCUUUUUUGAAAUUGGAAAUUAAAGUCUAUUUUUUAGAUUUGCACAUUUCUUUUCCAAAUAACAUUAAUGAAGGUAUUCCUAAAUAGUGUUAAUAAAACUAUUGUAGGAGAGUAUGUAGUAGCUUGUUACAACAAUGUUGCUUAACGGAUUUACUUAUGUUAAAGACGAUUGAUAUUAUUUGCAUAUUUUUUGAAACUCUGUUUCUUUCUUAUAGUGGCAAACGGUUUCUUACUUACAAUGAUAAAUACUAAUAUCUUCAUUGAACUCGAGGCUGAUGAAAUAAUUGUUACUGUGGUAUUUGUUGACUGAUGUAUGUUAAAUGAUGAUAUGUAUGUGUCUACUCUAUAAUACUUGGAAAACUGUGUUUCGCAAAUAAUCUUAUUGCCUUAUUUAUUGGAAUCAAAUCACGGGUCCCAAACCAAACUGUCUGACCAAAUUAACCUUGUAUUUGAGAUGCGCACAAAGAUAACGGAACCCGUGGAACUCAUAAGUGAGACAGGAAACGAAUGUAUAAUAUACAGUAAUCCCUCGCUAUCCGCGGACUCAUCAACCGCGGUUUCACUUAUCCGCGGUUGCGAUAUCUGUUCAAUCUUUAAUGAGAAUAUUUUAUUAUUUUUAUAUAUUUUUUAUAAUUUGACCAGUCGCGUUAAAUUGCUCAUGAUACGCCACUGGCGCUUGUUCUUAGUAGUAAUACUAUGGCAAUUAGUUUACAUGUAGUUCGGAAGGUUUAAAUGCGCGCACCACAAUCUUGGCGAAGUUACUUCGCCAAAGUUGUCCGAAGUACCUCUCUACACACUCGUUUUACUUCGCGAGGAAGUGCGAUACCGACAAAGAUCCCUUUGACUCGGAUGCGCCAGACCGACAGAGAAUGGAAGUAGAACGAAGUGAGGCAAAGUUACACAAGGUGGCCGUCUACACUCUCGUACUUGUUGAACCUCGAUCGACUUCGGCGAGAGUGUAGACGGCGUAUAAAAUACCGGCGAAUGUAGACGAUGCGUCUCAGCGUCUUUAUUUUUGUUGAUAUGAUAAUACUAUUUCACAGAUAUGCAAUUUUAUCAUAUUUCUUUCUAUGUACUAAUAUACGUAUCCAAAUUGGGAUUAUAUGUAAUAUUCUGCUUUGGAUCGUGGAUCCCUCGCCAACCACGGUUUCACCAACCACACCUUUCUCUUCGGAACGUAACCCCCGCGGUUGAAGAGGGAUUACUGUAGACAAUCCGUGCAGGUAUUGUAUUUGGAGAGACGUUAAAAAAAUAAAAUUCAAAAAAUUCUGAAAAAUCGAACGUCAACACCAGUGCGCAUCCAAAUCUCCAGUACAAAGUGAAUUUGGUCAGACAGUAAUUUUGGACCAGAAUAGUGGCUAAAGUUCUGGAAAUUUUACAUAAAAUUUAGUUUUGUUAGUAGCAUUCCUCGUUUUCAUAAAUAUGACUUAUGCUAUUUACAAGAAUAUCUAUAAUUUUAUUGCAUAGUUUUAUGGUUCUACUUAAUAGUUAACGUCUAUUUUACCUCUAAACAUUUAAAAAUAAAUCAAACAGCUGUUUAAAUAUAUUUAAACAAAAUGACACAAUGGUUAUUUUGUAGAAAAUUAGUAUUUGGUGGAAUAAAUUUUGUUGUUUAGCGCAUACUCGAUUCUGUGAAGCAUACUCGAGGAGUUUACAAGACGAGCCAAAUAUUCUGAUAUAAUUAAUAACUCUACAGCAGUUUUGAAUAAUGGCUUCUAUCAGUUCUAUUUUGUUAUUUUAGAUUUAGAUCAGUUCUAUUUCCAGGCCAAGGCAGGACAGUAACAUCUUGGUUUCUCGAAACAUUCCAUGGAGGUCGUGGCCUUAUGACAGUGAGCUCUGUUCCGCUGGAAGAUUCAUUGUUGAGUAUCCCCUUUAAACAAAUCCCUGAUAGUCGGCAGUAGUUUGGCUUGCAGUAUUUCUUCCUGAUAUUUUUUUGCAUUAAUAUUGCCCAUUAUUAAUGCCAUACGUCCAAUUCCUUUAGUAGUCGUAUAAGUCCGUACCAUGAUACGCACAGGCUGCUUUGCAGUGGCCAUUGCACAUUGGGGCAAAAGGUUUUUCCCCUGGUCGGCGGAGAACAAACUUAACUCAAUCACUCCCAAAGUUCAAGAUUCUGGUUUGAUCACUCCAAAUUAUUAUCUUACUGCACUUAAUCUGUCCACCUCAGUGUCAAGGCCUAAUCAAUGCUUUUGCCUUAAUUUUUUGUGCAAGACCGACUUCUUUCUAGGGGCUCUCGCUCUAUUUUCACACAACUUUCUUCUGAUAGUGCGGUCAGAUAUUUGGGAACCAGUUAAUUUGACAAUAACACUGUCUUGCGGAUCUGCGACGAUCUUCUACGGGCGGCAUAUUCUGCGCUCAACGUAUUGACUAACUUUCUGUUUUCUGUCUGUUCCUUUUGCUGAUUUUGUCGUUCUGGUAUUCCAAUAUAAUAUUCUAUUGUUACAAUAUAAAGUGACCAGCAAAGAAACAUAUUUUCUCACGCGCCGACAAUGACUUUGGAUGACUAAUUUAAUUUUUUGUUUGCCAGAGUAAAUUAUGUAAAUAUAAUAUAUAGAGUGAGAAAUACAUAAACUAUUAAGCAGAAAUAUACGACAAUAAAACACAAAUAAUGUAAUUAUUGUAUUGACAAGCUAUAUAAAUCACGAUCAUGAGACGAGUGCUGCUGGAAAAGUUUGUAGUUGUCAAAAAGCUGUGAAGUUUCCAGAAUUUUGGCUGAUGAUUAAAUUUUGAAAUGUUUUAACUGUUCAAUUCGAUUUGUUAUUGGUGAACCCAUCGUUGUUUUUGUGUAAAGUCUUAUUAUUUUGUUGUGGUCACAAUUCUGCGUCUACCUGAGACAAGCAAACAUUUGUGAGUCAGAUUUCGUGACAGUAACACCCUAAAAUGACUGACCAGUAUAGAUCAUCGUCUAUCUUACUUGUUGGACUAAAGUAAGUUAACCAAGAACAUUAUUGGCAGUUUUUACGUGUAAUUAAAUGAUGUUAUUUUGACAGCAUGUUGUUGAUUCUAAAAGCCUAGGACUUAUAGAUAUUUUAGUAUUUUCUCUAGGUUGGUUGUUCGUCACAAAUUACUGUUGAUUUUUGUAUGAGGAAUAAAUAAGACAUUGUUUGAGAGUCAUGGAUGAUUUGUUGUAACUUGUUUAAAAUAUUCUAUUGAGUAGACACUUAAAAAAUCAAGUAUCAAAAUUAAUGUAGUAAUUAUGUACGAAAAAUCUUAUUUGUAAGUAGACCCAUACCUAUUUUUCUUACAUUGCUAAUGAAGGCAUAUUGUUUUAAUAACCAAUCAUACAAGUGUAAAUGGACAGAUAUUUUGGGACUUCAAAAGAAUGUUGAGUUUUUGUUAAAUGAAAGAUUUAAAUGUGUCUUUAAAUCUUUGCAUUUAUGUAUUAUUUACCGUGACAAGACAUCUCGUAACACGACAGUUCGUAACCCCUCAAAUGAUAACGGACAAUUCGUAACACCUUCAAUUCGUAACGGCGACAUUUCGUAACAUCGACAGUUCGUAACGGCAUAAUUCGUAAUUUUGAUAACGUGGAAACCAAUUACAUACAUAUUUGUUUUACUGUUACAAUUGAAAUUGUAACAAUUUAACGAACCAACAUAGUGAUAAUUGAGGGUAAAAAAUUUAAAAAAAUAUUCUUAAGUUGUCAUUUUUUCAAAAAUAUGUGUGAAAUAUAUUUAAAAAGAAGUGACCUUAAAAAAGUACUACUACUUUUAGUGUAGGAAAGUAUGCAAAAUACAUUCAUUGUAUAGGUCAUUCAGUAAGGCUAAUAUUGCUAAAAAAAAUAUUGGCGUUACGAAUAAUACCGUUACGAAUUGAUGGCGUUACGGAUUGUCUGUUACCAUGUGUGGGGUUAUGAACUAUCGCGUUACGAGAUAUCAUAGAACCAUUAUUUACACUCAAGAAAGUACCAGUAAGUAAUAUAUCAAAUUAAAACCGAAUUUACAGUUUGUGUUGUUUACACAUCAAACUCUAUUGGCUUAGAGUUUCGUAUUAGUGUAAAACGUGCUUAUUGGUUAAAUUCAAUAUAAAAAUGUGGAUGAGAAGCGUAGCAGCUAACUUAUUGCUUAAUGAUUUUUUUAUCAAAUUGUUUGUUGUAUUCUAUAUAAUGAAAAGGAAACAUCACAAUGCAAAAUCUCAUUUGUUGAAUCAAUUGAGAUGCUUUCAUUAUCAGAAUGAUCACUAACAAUUUUGGUCGUAAAACUGGAAUGGUACAUUUACCUAAAAUUAUCUGUUCAAAGUUUUUUUUUGAAAGGUGACAUCUGGAAACUUAAUUUCAGAAAUUUAAGAGUGGCAAGACUGAACCAAAGAAUAUGUAAAUAUGUAUAGAUUACUUUCAAUGGAAAUGUUUAAUUGUACAGAAAAACUCGUUGAUUUUGUAAAAUAGAUUUAAAUAUAAAUUAUUUGAUUAAGUUGAACCUCUUAAAUUUUUGAAUUGCAUAUUGCAGAAGCAGGCUUUAUUAAAAAAAUUAACGAAAUAAAUAUAAAAUGAACCGCACGAUAUGUAUAUGUAUAUACAAACCCUUUUGUUAAGAAAUUUUAUUUUCUCUUCUAAUGUAUCAUUAGGUAUAAAGAGCUUUCUUUCACUUUUCAGCUAGAAUUUUUUCUUAUGUUAAAUGCCAUAAAAAAAUUAUCCUAGCGCAUUAUACCUCAAAAUUGUACACAAUUUAUAAGUUUUCUUAAAGAUUCCAAAGCAAAUUUCUAUAAUGUGCAAUGAAAAAUUUAAAUAAACAAUUUCUCUACUGUU